CCAGGCGGGAGGGGGAAGAGUCGGAGAAGGAGCGGGGCGCAUGCGCAGUCGCCGUCCCCGGGCGUCGCGGGAGCCAUGCUGACUUCACCCCCAAAGCGAGACCUCGGCGGGGGAGGGGGCGGCGCUCGAUCCGGACCCCCCGCCAGGCGGCUUCGACGAGGCGGAUUAUUUUCCUCCCUCCAACGAUUUGGCGCUUUUUUCUCGGCGGACGGGCAAAAUCGCCUCAUAGGUUGACCCCCCCCGCCUUGAAGGAUCAUCCGGGCAUUUUUCUGAUGGAACGGUCGCGUGACGGCGGGGAGCCAAUCAGGCGACGAUGACGUGGGCGUCACUUCGGAUUCCCGCCCGGCCAUGGCAGCUGAAGCGACCGUUGAGGGGAAAUUAUUAUUUUUUUAAAUGGAUGUUUUAUUUCUUAUUAUUUUGUCACGUCGCGGGGGCCUAAGUUUGGCCGGAAUUUAAUCAGGAUGGGCCUCGUCGCACCGGGGCCGCCAAGGUCGCGCGCCUUCUUCCUUCUCCCGAUGGCGACCAAUGGGGUGAGUCCUUUCUGCCCACGUGACGCUUCUGGACGAGUGAAGGCUCGGCUGGCUGGGGGAUGGGGAAGGAGGGGGAUCUGCCAGUCAAGUCGUUGCUCCCGCCUCCGGUGGCGCAAUCUGGCCAAUCCGAGGCGGCGACGGGCGGUGGCUGUUUAAAGGGCCAGCUGCCUGAAAUGAAGGGAGAAGUUGGCUGUCACGUGGCACCUGACAAUGGGACCCCCAUUUUUUUAUGUGGGGGGAGGAGGGGCGUCUUCGGAAGAGGGGGGGAGAGGUGUCCCCCCCUCUGUCUUGUGGCUCAUUCCAGGCUUCUUUAAAGCUACAAUGAUGCAGAAGCUUCUAGGAAUUGGGGUAAAUCUCAAUAUGACAGGUGGGGUUUUGUUUUGCAAUGAUGGGGGGGCGUCUCUUUGCCUUGCUUAAGUCGGGGUGUGUGUGCUUGCAUUGGGGGGAUUGUUCGUCUUUUAAAGCAAAAGGGGGGAGUUUGGGGGGCUGCCUUGCAAAGGAAAGGGGUGGUGCUAUCCUUUGGGAAGGGGGGGACGUGAGCCCUCAGCCCCCCGCGAUAUUGGGGGUGCCUGGGAGAGUGUCCUGGGCAGCAGAGGGUGGGCUUGACCUUGGCAUCCGCCUUUGUUUGACCUUGAGCUGUUUUCUCCCUCCAAGCCCCAGUCCCCACGUGGAGGAGGCCAGACAGUCUCCCUGAGUAGGCGAUUCAGAAGAAGCAGAAUCUGGGCUGAGAGGAGCGAAGAAUAUCAAUGUGGGGCUGUUGUUUUUUAGGGGGGACUAUGUGAGAGAAGGGCGUUUUCGAUAAUCUCAGAAACUGGAGGCUGCUGGAGGUGUGUGUGUGUGUGUGUGUCCCCUGAGCAAGCAGGGAGGUGAGUGGGAACAGUACUUGGACAGCGUUUCAGACAUGGUGGGCGAGGGGCAGCUUUGCCUGGCGUGCUUUCCUGCGCCUCCAAAAUGGCUGCGGUGAAUGUGCUGUGUCAUUCCUGCCUGGUGAUGGAGGAGGAGGAGGAAGAGGCCUCCUGGCUGGAAUAGGGCUGGGCGGGAGCGCAAUGGGGCUGGCGGAGGAAAAGGAGGAAGGGGCAGGAUCUGGCGCUGCCCUCCUUCGCUAACCCUCCAGUUUUCACCCCAGUUUCCCCCUCUUUCUGGAGGCUGUCAGCUGGAAGGCUCUGGGUGCCCGUGCAAAAUGGCCGCUGCGGAGAGAAGCACAGCAUGCGGAGGAGCAUGGCACACGGGAGCAGGACAGGCCUCUUGAGCCCCGAGUGUGGGGCGGCUGGGGUUAGGGGGUGCUGCCUCUCCCCCUUUGGUGAACAGGCCAGCGGGAGGGAGAAACCUCCUUUCAGCCCAAAGUGGCGCUUGGCCUUUGCGCCAGGAUGUGACUCAUCUCAAAGGACCGUCCCCUGCUUCUCCUUCCAGAACAAUCCAGGAAAAGGGGGGGCUGAGGAUAUGCCAGCAGGUUGAUCCCCCCCCCCAGUUCCAUUGGACUCAGGAUGUCGGCUGGUGGAUCCCUGCAGCUGCGACAGCCUCCUUUUUCCUCUCCUUUGCUGUAGAGAGAUCCCCGUCUGGAAAGAGAAGCACCCUGGGACCUGCCCCCUAGAUCAACCGGCCCCCUUUCCACGCCCUCGGGAGAAGGGAAGCCAGGCGCUCUCCCCGUUGAGCGGCCAGAGAGGCUCCCAGCAUGGCCCCUGCCAGGGUGUGGGGCUGUGUGUAGGGCUCCUGCCAGCACCACCACCACACCAUGGCAUGGGGCCAGGGCCUGGGGGAAGGCCACGCACCCCACACCCAGGGGGUGGAGGCCAACGCCAGCCUGACUCCCAGGAAGGGGCCUGCUGUCCUCCAAGGAGUUAGGGGUCCGAAAUUGGCUCCCCCCCCCCGGCUGAAAUGUUUCUCCGCUGGGCCUUGGGGACACUUUGGCCCCACUGGGUUUUUGGACAGGAUUUUGUGGGCGAAACGAUAGGCUGCAUUGUGGGCGAUGGCGCCCCUCCUUUGCCCCCUUGGGCGGUUGACCGGUGGCGGUCCGUGCAGAGGGGCUGCCCCUUCAAAGGCGGGUCUGGCCUGGGCUCCACUCUGGCACUUGACCUUCGCCCCUGGCAAGGCAAAAGAGGGCCGCUGCUGUGAAGCCUUGUGGCGCUUUUUUAAUGGAAGCUCUGCGGUUGGUUUGGCCUCUCCUCAAGGUCCCCUCACUCUCGGCGCCUUGAACUCCUGCCUCGUUUCUCACGUGCAGACAGUGACGCGCGAGGGGGAGAAGUGGGGACUUUGGGCGGCCAGGGCGCCAUUUCUCACGCGCCGGGCCCGGCGUGGCGGCGCCUGGACCCUGCUGUGGGGCGUGCGUGGGGACCCCUCUCCCGGCGGCGUUUUGGAGUGUGACUCGGGUGCUUCCACCCCUCGGUCCCUGGCUGCUGCGCUGAGGCGACGGGGCUUGCUGUGAGGGGCUCUUGUUUUGGCGGGAAGAACGACCUGAGGGACGACGUUUCUCUCUCUUUUAUUUAAACGCGCCCUGCCCUCACUUUCGCGGCCGCUCUGCCCGUGCGGGGAAGGAAGGGCGAGGACAUUUUCCCGGGCCCGGGGGGCCGCCUGGUCGGAGCUCAUUGUUCGCCCUCUCCGCGCCCUGCUUUCUCUGGGCUGCCACAAAAUGGCGCUGCUGCCUCUCUCCCCCUCCCUUCCCCCCGCGGUGAGCAGAGAACCACAACAACCAACGGCCGCUUCCCAACCGCCGCCCCGCCCCCACGUGACAGGGCGGCCAAUCGGGAGGCAACGAAUGGCAGAGCCGUCCAAUGCGCGAGCCGGCUGCCGGGGACGGCGGAGCGGGGAGGCACAACAGGAGGCGGAAAGGGGGAGCGUGAUGGAUGGCGAAGUCGCCCAAUGGGCGGCCGGCGUCGGCCUCUGCUCCGCCCAGAGGGCUCUCCCCAGCCGGCGAAGGGGCGUGGCUUGGCGGGAUGGUGAUGUCAGCUGCUCCGCGGGCCAAUGGGAGCGCGGGGAGCGUCUCUAUAAGUGCGGUCGGGGGCAGGCCGAGAGGCGCCAUUUCGCUGGAGCGGAGGAAGGAUCCUGGCCUGGGAGCGGAAGAGAGUGCCGGGCAGGGGUGGGCGGACUCAAUCCAGAUCCAUCCUCGCCGGGCGGCCCCCUAAUCGCCGGUCAUCGCUGUAGGCGCCAGCUCGGCGGACCCUCCUCCCGGCUUCCGUAGCGUCCUCUUCUCCCCCCACAACAUCCGCCCCCACCUACGCGGCGGAGAGCAAAGGUGGAGUGCGGCCAGUAAUCCCAGUACAAUCCAGUGCCAUCCGCGCCUCGGACCGCGACGACUCGCCGGGGGAGCGGCGCCUCCGGACGCGGCGGCCUCCGCGGAGACGGGCGCGCCCUAUAUUGCCGGCGCCCCUGCGCGGUGGGAGCCCGGCGGGGGGCUGGCCGGAGGGACCCCCGCCCGCCCCGCCUCGGGGUCCUGCCGCUGCAAAGGCCGCCAUCUUCCUAGCUUUUGCGCCUAGUUGUUGGCGGCGGCGGGGCGAGCGGCCCCCUCCCCGAUGGGGGCCCUGCAGUAGCCGAGCUCGCCUGGCCCAGCCCGCCGCUCGCCUGCCUCCGGUUCGGCGGGGGGAGGCGCGGCGGCGAUGCGCCCCUGAGCCAGGCGCCCAGGGCGUUUUCUUCCCCCCGCCAGGCCGAGACCGCCGAGCAAAGUGGGGGGGUUCCCCGAGGCCACGGAGGCGCCGGCGGCUGGAGCGGGACCGUCCCGGGAGAGAGCCGGGCCCCCGGCAGGAGCUGCCGCCUCUGGCGCUGGAGCCGCUCCUGCAGGCAUGUUGCAGAACGUGAACCCCAACGGCAAGUACGUAAUCGGGAGUGCGCCGGGGGCGGGGGAGGGGGCGGCCGGGCCAGAGGGGAUCGGGGGUCGCCGGGGGAGGGGGGCAGUGAGCCCUGCGCGCGCGCGCGCCUGCCCGCCUUGAUCCAGCAUACCUGGCUGUGUUGUGUCACAUGACGUGCGUCGCUUUUGAACUCGCGGUGCCACUUGCGGGAGGCUUCCCUGCCUGGGUGUGUUGAAAGGAGAAACGUUGGACAUCGCCAUUGCUUAGCAACAUUUUACGUCGCCCGUCUUUCCUCUGGGGAGCGUUUGCAGUGCUGCAGCUCCAAUGCGAUCUCUUUUCCCUCUUAUUUCAAACCCCCGCCCCCCGUUGUUCACUGGUGUGAACCCUGCAGCAAUGAGUUGUGUGAAUUAUUUGGAUGACUUUAAAGGGAUUUGAGUUGCCUGUAAAGGGAAUGAUAGCAGUGGGAGCUGUCUUGUCACGAGACCCUGUAAUGCCUUGGGGGCAAGCCAGGCUUUUGUGAAGCGCUCCUCUCUCUCGGGGUGGCAGGCCUGCUGCCCUUUGAUGCCCUCACUCUGUUUACCAACAUGCUCAUUUCCCAGGGCUGGUGGUGGAGCCGCAGGGUUCUGGGUGAUGGGUUGGCAGCUACUGUUGUACGCUGGCCUAGUGCACUAAGACAGCAGCCUGUGAAUCUGUGGCUCUGUAUUCAGAAUGUGCCACAGCUGGAUCUGUGGGCCAGGAGACAGAUCAGAAUUCCGCAAUGGCCCCCAUUGUUUUUUCAACUCAGAACCCACCUUGGCUUAACUGCUCCUUGCCAACUGGCUGGCCCCAUUGUGUGGAGGCCUGGUCAGCCAUUCAUUUUGUUGUCUCCCUCACUCUGAUUGGGCAGCACCAUGGCAACCGGCAAUGCACUCUGUCCUUUUCAUCUUAUGAGCAUGUUGACUAUGGAGGAAGCCUGCUGUCUCUGUUUUCCCAGAUGUUUACCCCCCUCAUUGGUCCUGGGGGAAGAGUCCCUGUUCUCUGAUUCAAAACACCAAUCCUGGGCAUAUUUGGAACUGUUUUAAGAUGUUGUCGCUGCUCUCCAGAGUGUGCCUAGUUUGCCUUGGUGGGAUUCCUGCGACACCCUCCUGUUUAGUGGGCUUCAUGACGGUACUUUAAGGGGGAGUGAGUUUGUGGGCAGUGUAGUGUCGCAAUCUGGAAAUGCCAGUGUGCUGAGGUGCAAGGGGGCAGUGGGUGCAGAUGGCAGUGGGUGCAGUUGGCCUGCACUCUGGAGUUUCCCCUGGCUCUGGUUGGGAGCUGGCUUCGCUGCCUUGCUGCGCUUAGGGGUGUAAUUUGGUGUGUCUCUUCCAGGUGGGGGGGGGGCAAUGCGACCCUCCUCCAUGUUCUACUUGCUGGCUCACGUGAGGGAGGAGAGUGCGGUAGGUGGCGAACCCGGCUCUUGCCUUAACAGCCCUUCUCUCCCUGUCUUGCAGGAUCCUUGGGGCGGGCAAUGCGGGUCUGGUGGGUCUGGCAGUCGAGUCUGCGCCCGGGAAGCGGAUCCGCAAGCCGUCGCUUCUGUACGAGGGCUUCGAGAGACCCACCAUGGCCUCCGUCCCGCCCCUCCAGCUGGCCCCAGCCAACCCUCCCCCUCCGGAGGUCUCAAACCCCAAGAAGCCGGGCAGAGUCACCAACCAGCUGCAGUACCUCCACAAAGUGGUGAUGAAGGCCCUCUGGAAGCACCAGUUCGCCUGGCCCUUCCGCCAGCCGGUGGAUGCUGUCAAGCUGGGUCUUCCGGUAAUGAGCUUCCUCCUUGCCUGGGGGGGGGCUGGGGGCGUGAGGGAGAUGAGCACCUGCGGGCGGGUUCUGCUGUGUUAAUGAUGCCCUUGUUGCUAUGGUUACUGGAUCACUUCCUGCCUCAUCCCAUGAACUAAGGUUCUUGUUUGUAUCUAGUGUGCUGAGCUAGUCUUCUGGAUUAUUGAGCUGUGCUGCUAAAAUUGUUUUGGGGAGCUCCUUGGGUUGCAGGAGGCUAGUCCAGCAGGCAAGGCUUUUCCAUACUGAGGGAAAUGUGCCUCCUUUGCUGCCUCAGAGCAGAGUUGUCUCCUGUUACCUGAGUUUGAGCUCAGCUGUGUCUCUUCCCCAAACAAUCUUAAGGCUGUUGGUUUGGCCAGGAAUUUCACCUGGAGCAGCUCCUCUGAUCCCCGCCCCCCCAUGUCCCCUACAAAGGUAUGGAUGAGACAAUACAGCCGCUUUUGCGCUCUCACGCUGCCACAAAUCUAAUCUUGUGCCCUGAAUGCGUUUUGCAGAUUCCCAUCCAUGACUUUGUAGAAGACAUCAAGUGACCCCCAAAUUAAAGGCCAGCACCUGUGGUACCUAAGGAGUUAAAGCCCAGAGGUAAAAAUCCAUCUAGGUUUAUGCUUGCCUAGCUUCUUCGUGCACAGUAGGGGUGCUGCGGUGGUGCUUUUUAGGCAGGGCAGGCCUUAACAGAAGGCACCCUCUCUGCACCCCAGGGAAAGAAGCAAGAAUCCCCUCUUGCCCUAGCAAGCUGAGAAGCAUUUAUUUCCUGCUCUUUGCAAGGCUGCACAGGAGUCCCUGCCCUUUCCCCACCUGUAGCCAACAUUUGGCAGGGACCUUUGGAUGUGGGUAGCCCCGUGGUCGGUGCGGCCUGUGUGCCGUGCUCUUUGGGGUGACCAUGUGGCUUUGCUUGCUGUUCUCUGCUCCCAGGACUAUCACAAGAUCAUCAAGCAGCCCAUGGACAUGGGCACCAUCAAGCGGCGCCUGGAAAACAACUACUACUGGAGCUCAGCCGAGUGCAUGCAGGACUUCAACACCAUGUUCACCAAUUGCUACAUCUACAACAAGGUGAGGGUUUGCGUGUGUGGUGGGAGAGGCGGCUGCCACAAGGCUGGAGGAUGGCUGGAGUGUCAGGGAAGUGGCUGCAUAGAUUGUGAGGGAGGGGAGACUCCCAAGUGUGUGGAGCGUCUCCAAGUGACGAGGACGCAUACACAGACUGUGCAGAGCAGCCUGCUGACAACUUCAUGCCUUGACCACGGCUUCUCUUGGUGUAGCCCACAGAUGACAUUGUGCUGAUGGCCCAAACGCUGGAAAAGAUCUUCUUGCAGAAGGUGGCCCAGAUGCCUCAGGAGGAGCAGGAGAUUGUGAUCACCGUGGCAAAGAACAGCCACAAGAAGGGGGCCUCUCGGGCUGCAGGUAAUGGCGCGAGAGGGGAUUGGGGGGUGGGCUUUGGGGCAGAAGCGGCUAGGGUGCCUGCUGGCUUGCUUGGGUUCUGCUCCAGUUGGGGGCCGUCUGGGGGGGCAGGCUGCCUCCAGUUUAACAAAGAGCCACUCUUUUUUUAUCCCUCCAGCACUCCUGGCAGCAGCCAACGCAGCUGCUCAGCAAGUGCCGGCCAUCUCUUCCGUGUCCCACGCCCAGCUCUACCCCACAGACAUCCCCACCACCGUCAUCAGCAUCCCUCACCCGUCAGUCAUCUCUACGCCUCUCCUCAAGCCGCUACACUCCACUGCUACCUCCCAGCCGGUGCUGGCGGUGCCUGCCCCAACGCAGCCGGUGGCCAAGGUGAGCCUGUGUGAGCUGGCAGCCGAGGGAGGCGGGUGGGGGCCGUCAGCUGUCUGGGGUUCCCCCUCCAGUCUGGCUUGGAAGCCUAAGCGGUGUGCUCUUGCCCCCCAACAGAAGAAAGGAGUGAAGCGGAAAGCGGACACGACCACCCCGACCCCCACAGCCAUCAUCGCCACCAGCGGCGGAGAGUCCUCUCCCUCCGCAGCCGUGCUGGAGACCAAGGCAGCCAAGAUCCCGGCCCGGCGGGAGAGCGGGCGCCCCAUCAAGCCCCCCCGCAAAGACCUGCCCGACUCCCAGCAGCACCAGACCUCCAAGAGGGGCAAGCUCUCUGAGCAGCUCAAGUACUGCAACGGCAUCCUCAAGGAGCUUGUCUCCAAGAAGCACGCUGCCUACGCCUGGCCCUUCUACAAGCCGGUCGACGCUUCCGCCUUGGGCCUCCACGACUACCAUGAGAUCAUCAAGCAUCCCAUGGACCUCAGCACCAUCAAGGUAGGCGGGGGCUUGGCAACCACAGAGAAGAAGGGGAGAGGAGCAGCGGGUGGGGACUCCUGGGCACAGGAGAGGGGUCGUUUCCAGAACAUGGUUGUCUGUGCUGUGGAGUUUAGGUAAAAUCCAUCUGCUGACUUCUUGCAUAUUCACCAUACAAGCAGGUGCUUCCACAAUCUAGAUUAAAUAGAUUUGUUGGAGGUGCGAGUGGCCUGUUUCUGUCCCGGGGAGAAAACGUGCCCUCUGCUAACCUUUCAGUGCCAACAGUUGAACAGGCUCUUUUAUAACUGCUGCCAUCUCCGCCCCAGUGUGCUUUGCAGUCGGUGUUGAGGGGAGGGGAGAGGCCAUAGGGACAUGAGCGAGCAUGGGUGCAUGGCAGAGGGGAGUCAUGUGACAAUGCCAGGGCAGGCAAAGCAGGGCUUGAGUAGGGCACGCAGCGGUGGGGAGACCCCACCCAAGCCCCACUGGUUUUUAGCGUGAACUGGCCACGUGUGUCUUAAGUGACUUUCUGCAGUCGUAAGGGCAAGCUAAAGAAACAAAACAACAGUUUUGGGGGGGCUUGUUUGCUCCUUGUGUGUUGCAAAGCUCAUGAUCCUCCCCUUUUACCUACCUACCUUCGGUUUCCUUUUCUUUUUCUGUGGCUUCAGCGCAAGAUGGAGAACCGGGAGUACCGUGACGCCCAGGAGUUUGCUUCUGAUGUGCGGCUGAUGUUCUCCAACUGCUACAAGUACAACCCCCCUGACCAUGACGUGGUGGCCAUGGCGCGGAAGUUGCAGGUGAGUUUGAUGGGAAGAAGACAGAGGCCAGUAGCUCUUCCUUCCUCCAUCCCUCCCCCCAUGACCCAGCCCCUCAGUAGCAGACCUCGAGUCUUUGCUGCUCUCCCGCAGGAUGUCUUCGAGUUCAGCUAUGCCAAGAUGCCAGAUGAACCCAUAGACAUCAACCCCCCCUCCACGUCACUCCCACAGCCGGGCCUCCUGAUGAAGUCCUCCUCAGACGAUUCCUCCAGCGACGAUGAUGACGACGACGAAGAGGAAGAGGAGGGGGAUGACGACGAGAGCAGCAGCGAGAGUUCGUCGGACAGCGAGGAGAGUUCCGACUCGGAGGAAGAGCGGGCCAACCGGCUAGCUGAGCUCCAGGAACAGGUGAGGCAGAGAGAGAAGGGGGCAAAGCAACACCCCCACAGGGAUGCCUGCAAGCGAGACCCCAGAAUCAGAGCAACACUUCCCCCCCCACCCCACCCGGUGGCUUUGAGCCACUGUUGAUCACGGCCAUGGAUUGAGGAAAGGGCGCCUGCAGUUGGUGGGGUUGGGAGCCCCCUAACCGUGUCCCUUUUGCCUCCCCAGCUGCGGGCAGUGCAUGAACAGCUGGCAGCCCUCUCUCAAGGCCCAGUCUCCAAGCCCAAGAAGAAGCGGGACAAGAAGGACAAGAAGAAGAAGAAGAAGCUGGAGAAGCGCAAAGGGGGGAAGGCGGGAGGCGAGGAGGAGGCGGCCCGGCCCCACCAGGCCCAGCUCAAGAAGUCCAAGAAGGCAGCCGCCGGUGGCAGCAGCGGAGGUGGCAGCAGUGGUGGCAAGUGAGUGGGGCAAGCGAGUUCGUGGCGAUGGGGUUGGGGUGGGGAGAGCAGGGCGAGCAGCUGGCUGAUGACUCUCUUUCCCCGGCGGAUCGACCGUGGCGAACUCCUUGUAGAACAAGCCAAGAUGCCUGACAGCUGCCGCUGGCUGGGUCCCGCCCAGUGCGCAAGCGGUGGGGCCCCUGGCUCUAAGGCGUGUCUCCCCUCCCCAGGAACUCGAAGAAGGCCAGCGCCAAGGCCCUCCCUCUGCCGGCCCCUGUGCUCUACGACUCGGAGGAGGAGGAGGAGAGCAAGCCCAUGACGUACGACGAGAAGCGCCAGCUCAGCCUGGACAUCAACAAGCUGCCGGGGGAGAAGCUGGGCCGGGUGGUGCACAUCAUCCAGUCGCGGGAGCCCUCCCUGCGCGACUCCAACCCCGAGGAGAUUGAGAUCGACUUUGAGACCCUCAAGCCCUCCACCUUGCGGGAGCUGGAGCGCUACGUCCUGUCCUGCCUGCGGAAGAAGCCUCGCAAGCCCUACAGCGAGAGUGAGUGGGGGCGAUGGGAGACAAGAUGCAUCCCUUCAGGACUUUGGGCUUGGCUGCUAAAUGGUGGUAUUCAGUAAAAUGGCAAUGAGUCCUAAUGCAUACGGAUAAUCCGGGACUUGCAGACUGCCAGCAGGGAGACUGGGGAAUAAGUGGUGCUGGAAGGGGAGGGGUGGGGUCUCUGUCUUCCAUGGACUCCCUCUCUGUUUCCCCAGCCAGGCGCCCCACGACCCCUGGGAUUCCUGCCAGGGGGAAACCGGGCGAAUGGGGGGCCUCAGCCCCACCCCCAGCCCUGCUUGGGGUCCUCAUUCCCCUUCCGUCCAAGGGGUGCAGGGCAGCUGAGCAUCUCUCGGCCCCCCAGGAAAGAGAAAUGGGAAUCUGGUGGUGAUACCCCAGGGAUUCCUGCGAGGGCAAAACCGGGAGAAUUGGCGGGCCUCAGCUCAACCCCCAGCCCUGCUUGGAGAUGGGGGUCCUCAUGAAGACCCCCUUGGUGGGCUUUCCCUUCCCGCCAAGUUCUUAACCAGAGGUACCGCUGUAAUGAUUUUUGCAGCUGUGUUCUGAAAGGGGAUAAUGGAGGUGUUUAGGGGUGUCAGCCAGAGGUCUGAGAAGCAGUUCUCCUUGUGUGGAGCUGGAUAGUGGUUGCCCUCCUGUUGUCCCAAAUGAGAGCUGCAUUGAGGGUGCAAGGGGAAGAGGAGCUCCCCAGUAAAUGCCUUCCUUCCUUCCUUCCAGCCCUGAAGAAGCCGGUGGGCAAGACGAAGGAGGAGCUGGCCCUGGAGAAGAAGCGGGAGCUGGAGAAGCGCCUGCAGGACGUCAGCGGGCAGCUGAACUCUGCUAAGAAGCCCCCCAAGAAAAGUAAGCCCUGGCUUCUGAUUCCUGGGCCUGGUUCUCUCCUGUCCUUGACCCUCUGGCAUCCUUCACCUUUGCCCUCUCUCUCUCUCUCUCCCUGUGCAGCCAACGAGAAGCCGGAGUCCGCGCAGCAAGUGGCCGUCUCCCGCCUGAGCGCCAGCAGCUCCAGCUCCGACUCCAGCAGUUCCAGCUCCUCCUCCUCCUCCUCGGACACAAGUGACUCUGACUCCAGCUAGGCAGGCUGGUGGAGGUGGCAGCGGCAGCAUCAGCCGCCGGGGGUGGCUGGCCAGCGAUGGCAGCCUGCUCGGAAGAGGUUCUGCAGGACCAGAACUGGCAAGAGAGCGGCGCAGGCGGACGAGCGGGCUCCCCUCCACCCCCCCUCCAGCUGGGCGCCCGGGGCGGAAGGGCUGCGGCCGGCUGGCUGGCGGCUUCCCUGUCGUCCCGCCCCCCUUGGGGCCGUGGGGCGAGAGCUGGCCCUGCUGUCUUUGCGCUGUGGCAUGGGGCGCCCCGACUCUGUACAGUUGGCUCCAGCAAGCGUGGGGGGGCAGUGUUUUCUUGUUUUGGUUGAAUCUUAGGAAACAAACUUGUGGUUUUUAUAAAAGCAUUUAGCAAGUUUUGGUUUUGUGACGCUCCGUUCCUGGAUGGGCAGGUUGGGGGCGAGGAACUGCGCUGGGGUGUUUGUGCCCCACCAGCUUGGACUUGGAGCCCUGAGGGGGAGACAAGACUCUUGUGGGGAGAAGUUCCUCCUCUGACACUCCCCCUGGCAGGCACUCAAGAGGUUCCUUUAUUUAUUUUUCUUUGUUUCCCGUCGGUGGCUUUCCCUGGGAUCUGGAGUGAGUGCGACCGUUGACGUCCCUGGGCAAAAUCGAGACAGCAUGUUCUUUGCCCCUCAAGGGAGGCUGGUUGAGGGGGGAGGGCAGCCCGCUUGAGGUUUUUUUUUAUGUUGACUGUAUAUUUUUUUUCUACUGUUCCUUUUAUUCCCCUUGCCCGUGUCCACCUUCCAGGGCUCUGUUUCAUCUUAUUGUAUGUUAAGCCUUCUGGUUCUUUAAACAUGUAAAUAAAAAAAAAUAUUAUACAG